AUGAAGUACAGGGAUGAAAUCACUAUCAUACAUGAUCACCAUCCUCUUGAAGUGACGACAAAAGCUUUCCGGGGUGAAGGACGGCUGGUCCUCGCUUACGACGGCAAGAACGAUCGGUUUGCAGAGACAUCAGAGACCGGAGCCGAUAUCGACAUCACAGGCCUCUAUGAAACCGGAAACGCAUCUCUGGUUCUGGAAGAAUCUCAAGUGAGACACUCAGGAACCUACAUCUGCACGGUGUAUCUUCCUCACCUGCUGGCUCAGGUAGCCGUGGACCUGGAGAUAGUUGAGCCUCCAUCUCUCUCCAUCUACCCGUCUCCUCUCCCUCUGCUGGUUCCUGGGCAGGUGCUGGUGGUUCAGUGUGAGGCGUCUGGUUUUAAUCCUCACACUCUGGAUCUGAGCUGGGAGUUCAGCGGGGCAGACGGGACGUCCCGCUCUCUGGGUCAGGGCAGUAAUAUUUCUGUCAGUGUCAGUGCUCCUUCUAUUGAGGACUCGAUGGCGAUGGUCGCUGUUGCACUUGUUCUUUACGGCCUGAUAAAGUUUCUUUCAUGGACAUUCUGCGCUUCUGACUCCAGUGAGACUGAAUUAAAGGAUAAGAAGCAGAAGUAAACCUGGACCUGGAGGUGAUUUUAAAGGCUGAAUAGAGUGCAGUGAAACUGGUCUUGUAAAGAAUCCUUUCAGAAUAGUUGAAUGUACUGAGUUUCAAUCUUUGCUUAAGAUUUUUAGAUUGCUGUAUGUGUUCGGGUUGGUUACUCUGUGUAAGUUUUCUUAAAAAAAAAUUUUUUUUUAAUGCUGGUUAUAGAAAAUGCUGGAAAAAAUCUGCAAAUUUUGUCAUGUAAAAUGUAAAUUAAUUGUAUUUUAAAUACUACUGUUGCCAAUAUUUAGUUUUGGGACUCUGAGCUUUGACAAACAGAACUUUAUUCAUGUAAACUCAAUUUUUUUAAUGUUUAUCAAUGUGAACUUGACCGUUUACAGAUAUACUAGUUAGUGUAGAGCUUCAAAGAAGUAAUGAUCUGUUUGUUGAGAAUCAUUAGGAUGUUACCUGCCUUUCUGUCUCUUAACUUUUGAAGUCGUUAGAGGGGAUCGGGCAGCAGAUCUUUUUUCUUUGCGUUAUAAACAGAUAAAAUACAGAGAGUAUAUCAUAUAUGUAAUAUAAAGUCACCUGAUGAGUGUGAAGGGAAUGUUCUAAGCACACAUUUGAUUUCCCAUUCAAACUUACUGUUUUAUUACUUUAUCUGACUGAAAUAAUGCAAAUAAUAAUCAAACGUCUCAAACUAAAGACCAUAUUCCAGCAUUCUUUGUAAUAUUUGAAUUGUAUUUUCUGUAACUAGCUCAAACAAAAACAAAACAAAAAAAGAACUUUAUGGGGUUUAAUGUCAUUAUUUUGUAGGUCAAAUAUGGCCCCUGUAUUUGAGUUGUGUUAUUGCGCAACAAUGGUACAAA